AUGGAUCCUCACUUGUUAUCGCCAGAUUUCCUGUUCCCAGAAGAAGGUUCUUUCUGGUACGAGGUUUUCGGAGAACGAAGCCGUGUCCCUGUUCAGAAACAGAGCGCCUUCAGACCGUACAAUAAAGCCGAUGGCGGAGGCGCGGUGGCGGCCGGAAACAUAAAGAGGAGGAUGGCGGAUCUUCUGAGAAGGAAUUGGGAGGAGAGGAGGAAAGCGGCGGCUCCGGCGAGAGAUAGAUGCCGGCGGCAUAUGAUCAACGAGAGAGCGAGAAGAGACAAACAGAGACAGAGUUAUUUUGCUCUGCAUUCUCUUUUACCCUCUGGAACUAAGAACGACAAAAACUCGAUUGUUCAGAGUGCCCUGAACAGGAUCGGAGAGUUGCAAAGACAGAAGAGAGAGUUAGAGAGAAGAAUCCACGUGUUGGAAGCGAAUCUAAAAACAGCGAGUGAGGAGAAGCAGAUAGCGUUGAAAGUAGAAGACCCUGUUUCAGGGACAGACUCCAUGUUAGAAGCUCUCAAGUGUCUGAAAGCCAUUGGCGCAAAAUCCGUAACGAUUCAGGCAAAGUUCUCCCCACGAGAAUUCUCUACAACCAUGACCAUCGAAUCUCAGAUAGCAGGAGGCGAGGUUGAACAAACACUGGAAAAAACGCUCCAAGAAGCUGAAUGGAAACUUCUCUUUCUCCCAGAAGCUUCCUUCUGCAAAGACUAAAUGUUUCAUUUCCGUUGACUAACUCUUUAUAAUUAUUAUUUGUUAUUUUCAUUUUUUUGUAUAUAAAUUCCCACUGCUAUUUAUUUGACCUUCAUUACUUCGCUAUAGAAACUGACAUAUUCUAAAAAUGUGUCCCAAA